AUUCGGCACGCAACAAUUAUUCAGAGUUGCCAAUUUUUAUGGCAGCUGCUGACUGUAAACGACGUCUUUGCUUUUAAUAGACAACCCUUUAAAAUUACACGAACAAUGCUCGCAACAGCAAGUCGCUUUUUCAGUAAAGUGUAUUAAAUGUUCGAUAUAAAACAAUUCGGAACGGGCUUUGAAAGAAACUGAUCUCUGAUAAAGAUGAUAAGACUAAAAGCGUACCUGAAGGAUGGCCUCAAUGUGGCGGCGGUAAUGGGUCUGGGCGAUGCUAUAGCCCAGUUGCUUUUCGAUAAAAAACCGUUUGACGAAUUGGAUGCGGGGCGAACACUUCGAUUUGGCAUCCUUGGACUGGUCUUCGUUGGCCCAGCUUUGCGGCGGUGGUACCUUUUUUUGGAGUCCCGGGUUCCCGAAACUUAUUCACCAAUGCGGCGCGGCGUUACCAAGAUGCUGGUUGACCAGACCCUCUUUGCGCCCCCUUUUACCAUGGCCAUGUCCUUCCUGGUGCCACUGGCCAACGGGGAGCCCAUCGACCGAAUCCGGCAGCGCAUUCUUGACAGCUACCCCUCUAUAUUGGUCCGCAACUACAUGCUUUGGCCGGCCGCACAGAUGUUUAACUUCAGGUUUGUGCCGCUGCCUUACCAGGUGCUCUACGCCCAGUUCAUCGCCCUCGUAUGGAACUGCUACCUCUCCCUGAUUCUUAAUAGCUAGGGCACUAAGUGUCCUUAUCCGCAUUAGUAAUCCCGUGCCGAUGUAUCCAAUUAAAUAUAUUAUUAUCACAUGAUUAUUAGCUCGA